UGAGAAGCUGUCCCUUGCGCUCGUUCCCCUGUCGCACCAAGUGGUGCAUGUCGACACCUGCUGGUCAUUUAGUGGUAAUGCAUGUACAGUACACCACAGAUCUAUCCAUGCAUCCAUCUAUCCAGCUAUCUACCUCUUCUAUUUUCCCUUAUUCUUUUUCCCCUUAUUUGUCUUCCUUCACUCGUUUCUCUGUCUUUAGCUAACAUAUGAACCGACCCUCUAUACUGUCUAUUAAUUGUCUGUCUAUUUCAGAGAUGCAUGAUGGGAAGACAGACAUAAACUGCCUUUAACUAUCUAAUUGUUCAAUCAGAAUUUCAGGUCAGAUAUAAAGUCUGUGGCUACAGAGCAGAACAACUACACUAUGAAUCAUGUGAGUAAUUUACGUCUACACUUGCGAAUUCAAAUCAGUGCAGUUCACCACUCAAAGGAUCCUGUGUGUCCAAUGGCCCUGACUUUUAUGUUGGGCCAGGCCUAAAUACUUGAUUUAAAUAACCUACACCUCAACUAACUACAACUAUAAAAUGCAUUGAUUCCUCAGUAUUAACAAAGUCAGAUAUGACGUAUAAGUAAAGUGCAACCUGCUGAUUAAACUUGUGUCCUUGGGCGUUUAUUUAGCUGCAUUCUGUGUUUUACUUCCACGGAAGUGUUUUGUGUUAUGCAGUGAUUGUUGUCUCAUCAUGGGCAGACGGAGGAAAAUUCCAAACAACUUAGUUGUGUGGCAAGUAUCAUCCGGAAUUUCAUGCAGUACCUUCAAUCGAAAUUAUGUCAUGGGUUGAUUUUUAUCACAAGACUGUUUAUCACCUGACUUACAGAAGGUUUUCUGUGGAGUUAGGGGGACAUGACAUUAUAAACACCAUGAUACAGUAUGAAUGGGUCUUCUGUCUCAUUUAUAGCUGUUAAUUCUAAAGUAAUAUCUAGUCUAACUGGUCUAACCUCGCCUGAUUUUACGACUACAACUAUCAAUCAGGCUAUUUUGAUGAUCGAUAAAUUGGCCGAUAAGGUUCUUAACUUUUACACUGCUGUGUGGUUAUCUUCAGUAUCAAUAUUAAUACCGACCGGUUAUAUAUAAUCAAUUUUUAUUCUUUUGAUCAUCCAUAAUUUAUAACCAUAUGGUCACCAGACACAAUGACGUCAGUGGUGUCUGACUCGCGCGGAGGGGGAAGGAGGAGGAGGGCGGGGGGCGCGAAAGAGGAAGAAAAAAAUAAAAAAGCCUGAACCAUCAUCCCGGAGCUGUCGGAGCGGGGUCACGAACUAUGACCUUUAACAGAAGAAAACCAAAACAAACAUUUUAUAAAAUAGAGGAACGUCCUAAAUACGCGGCCGCCGUGCCCCGGAGGUAAGUCUCAAUCCCGGGCUGAAAAGCGCACAAAGCCCUCGGAGAUACUGGAUCAUAAAACAGCGAAGCUAAUCUCCGAGUUAGCUUGUUAGCUAUAGCCGCUGCGGAGCUCCCUUCCUGCCCCCGUCUACGGCAACUCGGGACCCGGGCACGGACGCUGGGCUCAGCGAGGCUAACGCGGAUGUCCUUUACAGACAGUUAAUCUAAUUGUUAACACGUGGCAGCCCCGUGCACAUAACCCGAGCUAAUCCCGGUGUGACAGCGGGCGAGAGACGGGUAGAGUUGGCUCCUGGCGCAGGCUAACUGUAUGAAGCUAGCGUCAGCUAACGCAGCUAGCAGGGGAAAAGAUGGAGUCGCUGCAGAUGAACUCGACCCUUUUACCUUUGCCACAGGACGGGGACAGGACAGGCUGGAGACAACCAUGACUUUUAUUUACCCCAGCUGUAUUUUCUAAAUGUACCAGCGGCGCUUUCAGAGUCGUGCACUGCAAUGUCUGUAACGAAAAUGUCACUAAUAUAUAUAUUUAUCAUAAGGAUUCGUCUCCUGUGUUAUUGGCUGUCUGCCACAUUCUCCAUUUUGUUCUGUGUGAUGUGUUUGGGGAAAGUGGUUAUUUUGAUGGACAUGGUGUUGAGCCAAUCAGUGAACAACGUGAAGAGGCAAUCUGCUUCCCUCUGCAGACACAUGAGUCACUAAUGCUGUCGGUGUCUGGGUUAUUAUGACCCCGACACCUGGAGGGUGUAAGGAGGCAAUCGAUAGAAGGGCAAAGUUGUAUAAGGACUGAAAAGAUUAGAUGAUUAUCUGAUUAGGUGAGCAACAGAAAAAUAGUGUCUAGAAAACAGUCAAAUGAAGAUGCAAGUAUAUAUUGUCUAGCCUAUAUUCACAAAUCCCAAUUUGUCUCAUAGGGUCUUACAAGGUGGGACAUCCUCUGUCCUUAACCCUCAUCAGGGGCGAGGACAAGCUACUAAAAAACAAGAUUAACAGGGGGAAAACAUAGAAUCUGAAAGAGAGAAAGACAAAUGUGAGGGAUCCCUCUUCAGUGUAAUAUAUGUGGUGUGUAACUGAACACAUCAUCUUAAUAACAGUUUUUACAACACUGAUUAGAAGAACCAGUUUGUAACAUAAUGUAAAAGUAUGUCAAUGUUUAAAGUAUUUGUACAUAAGAAAGUGUAUUUUAUAGAGAAGAAGGGAGCAGCAAUGAAGAAUAUAAAUUAAUUGAGUGUAUUGUACUGUAUGUGAAAGCAGUCAGGUGGAUACUAAUUUCUUUGCCCUUUUUAAAUAUUUAAAAAAAUCAAACAUAAAAAUAAUCAGACUAAUGUCAAUAAUUGUCAGCUGCUACCUGUGAUGCUGUCCCCAAAGUAAGAUGCCAAAACACUGUGUAGUUGAUAAACAGGUUUUCUAAUUCCAAACUGUGUCGGGGAGAUUUGACAAUGUCCAACAUGAGUUGUCGUAUACGUUUCAAAUGAAUUGGAAAAGGACAUAUGUUGUUUGGGCAAAUUGUGAUGUUUUGUGACAGGACCCGAGCAAAGACACAACUGCUGCAUCAUAGACUCCGAAGGAGAAAUUAAGAAUGGCACCUUUAAUAAGCACCUCAAGGUUUAAAAAAUAUCAGGUCAAAAACUUUAGUUUAAAAAAAAUGAAUCCAGGAUGUGUUUCUCCUAAAACAUCAUCCAGUGGCCUGGGAGCAAAAAAAAAUAAUAUUUUUGGUGAUUCAACUUAAACUUUUGUAACAGCUAAUAAUGCUGAUAUAUUAUCUUUUAUUGUGGAUUGUUAACUGUUCAGAUAAAUAUGAGAAGCAUUUAUUUAUGACCUACAUUAAAAUUAGGAUCCAAGACUCAUACAAUCACAGUUCCAGAGGUUUCUCAUAUGACAAAAUACAGCAAGCCAACCUUCAUCUAGUCAGUGUGGCCCAAAACGUUUGAUUAUUUGAAACAGAAAGACCCAAGACUAAAUGUUCUGCUUGCAGUAAUCUGGUUUAAGAGAAAUUUAAUCAGCAUGAAGUGACAUUCAGACAAGCAGACCUGGUUUGUUACCUUGUUUCCUGUACAGUGGAAGCAGAGGGAGUGGGAAAAGCAGCUGUGGUGUUAGAUGUAGGGAAAGUAGAAGAUGAUACUUCUCUCUGGGGCGGACAUCUGGUGUCCACCUGCGUUACCGGGUGCAGUGCAGUCUGGUUGUCACCCGUCAGCGUUUUCUAUUCCUCACUGAAACAUAAAUCUCAUGUUCAGGUCACACUCUGAGGUCGACGACUCAGCUUGUGAUGAUUAUCACUGGUGUCAUGUCAAGACUGGAUUUGUCAAACGCAUUUUGUUCAAGGUUUCUGGUCUUGUAGAAUAUUACAUUAAAGAACGUAUAAAUAUUUUUUGUGUCUAUGAUAUUCAAGCAUUACCUUUUUUCUUCUGAAAAUGUCCCAGCGAUAUUCAGCUCUCCUGUGUCGGUUUUGUCCCUUCGUGGCUGAUUAAUGUCUGUGGCGUCUUUCCAAACAGACCUCACUAAUGACCUUACAUCAUCAUGACAACGGGCCUGAAUCUGCUCUCUCAGCAGAAAGUGGAUUCUGAGCAGUGAGCACCAGGCAGAGGCGUCCUCCUCUCCAUCAGACUCAGUGAUGAGUGAGUCUCCGCAGCGCUUUCAGGUCAUCUCUACUGAGCCUGCAACAACACCACAGCGAAUACAGAUUGUAACUGACCAGCAGACCGGUCAGAAGAUCCAGAUAGUAACAGCGAUGAACCCGUCCAAUGCUCCCAAGCAGCAGUUCAUUCUCACCACGGCUGACAGCUCAGGGGCAGGCAAGGUUAUCCUGGCCUCAUCAGACAGUCACAACACUAAGCAGCUCAUCUUCACUGCUGCCGACAACCUGAUGCCAGGAAGAAUUCAGAUUGUCACAGAUCCAGUGUCAAUGGAACGGUUGUUAGGGCAGUCAGGGGACUUGAGCCGAUCACAGCCCGUAGAGUACUGUUUGGUGUGUGGGGACAAGGCUUCAGGGCGUCACUACGGAGCCGUCAGUUGUGAGGGAUGUAAAGGCUUCUUCAAGAGGAGCGUGAGGAAGAACUUGUCCUACAGCUGCCGCAGCAAACAGGACUGCAUCAUCAACAAACACCACCGCAAUCGCUGCCAGUUCUGUCGGUUGAGCAAAUGCCUUAAGAUGGGGAUGAAGACUGACUCUGUUCAGAGUGAGAGAAAACCCAUCGAUGUAGUGCCCAGAGAGAAACAUGCCAACUGUGCUGCCUCCACCCAGAAGAUCUACAUUCGUAAGGACCUAAACAGUCCGCUCAUCGCCACGCCAACCUUUAUCUCAGAUUCAGAGACAGACGGCUCCAGAUCCAGCCUGCUGGACCAGGGUAUGCUGGUGAACAUCCAGCAGCCUGUCAUCCAAAGUGAUGGAACUUUGUUGCUGGCCACUGACUCAAAGAUGGAUUCUGGGCAGGGGGACUUGGGGACACUAGCCAAUGUGGUGACGUCCCUGGCCAACCUGAGUGACUCAUUGAAAGAAAAUCUAAACAAUGGGGACACCUCAGACAGUCAACAAGAGUUGCAAUCUGCCAGCGAGAUAACACGUGCCUUCGACACCCUGGCCAAAGUCUUCAACCCACCUGAAAUACGGGUCGACCACAGUCUGACAGAGAAAUUGCAGUGUGUUGGUGGAACAACAAUCCAGCUGAUUGGUCGAGACCAGGGGACCCCAAUCAUUGAGGUGGAGGGACCACUGCUCACUGACGGCCAUGUUGGCUUCAAGCUGAGCAUGCCCAGCCCCAUACCUGAGUAUCUGAAUGUACACUACAUCUGUGAAUCAGCAUCCAGGCUUCUCUUUCUAUCCAUGCACUGGGCGCGCUCCAUCCCUGCCUUCUCAGCUCUGGGUCAGGAGGCAAACACCAGUCUGGUGCGAGCCUGCUGGAAUGAGCUGUUCACUCUGGGUCUUGCUCAGUGCGCUCACGUGAUGAACCUGUCGACCAUCCUCACUGCCAUCGUCAACCACCUUCAGAGCAGCAUCCAGGAAGACAAACUUUCAGGGGACAGGGUGAAGCAGGUGAUGGAGCAUAUCUGGAAGUUCCAGGAGUUCUGUAACAGCAUGACGAGAUUGGACACCGACAGCUAUGAAUAUGCCUACCUGAAGGCUAUAGUGCUGUUCAGCCCUGAUCACCCAGGUGUGGACAGCAGUGGGCAGAUUGAGAAGUUCCAGGAGAGGGCGCUGAUGGAGCUGCAGGACUAUGAGCAGAAAACCUAUCCUGAUGACAUGUACAGGAUGACCCGUAUCCUGACUCGUCUCCCUGCCCUGCGCCUCAUGAACUCGAGUAUCACAGAGGAGCUCUUCUUCACUGGCCUGAUAGGUAACGUCUCCAUUGACAGUAUAAUUCCCUACAUCCUCAAGAUGGAGACGGCUGAAUAUAACAGCCAGGACUCUGAUACCGCAGAAUAACAUCCCACUGCUCCAGGACCCAGAACUGUCGAUUUAAAGAUGGUACUCUCUUUGUCUCUCAGAGGGUUUAUUUUUUAACCCUGAUCUAACAUGCUGCAGCAGCUCCUUGCUUUCUAGUGAUGCAAAGUGAAAAGUCAUUCAGGAAUCCCUGAUAGAUUAGGACAACCUGGCACUGGGAUGACACCUGGAUUCUUCUCUGGAGCCGACACUGUGUGGGUAUCUGGAGUUUCUGGCCUAAAUUCAGCCACACUGAAUUAAUUUCAAAAGAAAUUCUCCCCAGCUGGAGCGGUGCUCAUUUCCUGCAACAUCUUUAUAGCACUUAAAGCUUGUUACGUAUGAACUUUACUCUUCGACCUAAGCCAUUCAAUUGGUUUUAUCUAAGCCUUACUAUGCUUUCAUGAUGAUUAAAUAUAUCAUCUGCAGAUAUAAGGCGAGAUAUAUAAAUGACCCAGAUUCUAAAGAUCUUAGAUGGAAUUUGACAUGUAGAAUUGAAUUUUCACGUGUUUAAAAACUCUAGUCUCUAAGAUUAUCGUAAAUCUGAGUAUUUUCUUUUCGAAUGUACUUUAAAGUAGCAAAGUAUUUAUUUAUUUUGGAUUUCCUGAACAUUGGUACAGUAUAAUCUUGUAUAAUUAAUGACUGUGAUGUUCAAUUGAGAAUUCAGACUUUGAAAAAGAUUAAGUGUGACUUAUUUGAAUUUUUCUUGACAUUCACAAAAGAACAGAUCUUCACUUUCAACAUUAAUUGAAAUAAUCGUUGGGAUUAUUUCAAUCAGGUAUAUGAGGAAACUCAAACCUCAGUCAUUAAUUUAAAUAAUGUUUUUGCAAAGUAUUCAUCAUUGAGCUAACGCAUGGCUCAAUACAAUGUGACAAUACAAAUUUUAUUUCCUCUUUCAGUUUUAAUUUACAUUCUCAAAAUCACAAAUUCCCAGAUUAAGUUCUCCUUGGUUUACAUUGAAUGACAGCCCAGAGUUUCGGUGAGAGAGAGUUGUUAUGUUAAGGUACAUUUGUUCAUGAUUACGUUUCUUAAACUUUCUUUACUUAGCCGUGCAUCACCUCAUCGCUUGUCCUUCUACGACAAUCAUAUCUGUUGUUUCCUUCUGAUGCAUCAGUGUCACAACUGUCUGCAUUUAAUAUGCAUAUUUAUCAGUGGCAAAUAUUUCUUUUAAGUCCUUACCUUGAAGAUGUUUGGUUCAGAAAUGUUUCUUAUGUUCUAUGAUGCUUUCUUUGUUUUCUGCUAAGUGCACAUUAAUCAGCUUCUGUGGCGUUCCACUGCUUUCAUGCUGACUAAAACUUUGUCAUCUCCUGUUUUCUAAAGACUUUUAUUUGUUGUAAACAAAUUUGCUAGUUGCAUACUAAGUGUACUUAAAGUACUUUUGGGCAGGUUUCCCUGGUAAAAAAAAAGGAAGAAUAGUGAAUGGAUCUUCUGGGAAGCCAAUCUCCAGUGUCAGUGUUUCCCUUGCAUCGACUGGGGAGAGAACCUCUGUGGCGAUGUCACCAGAUAACUUGCAUUUAAAAAAUGCUGAUAUUUUGUCCUAACUUUCAGACGGUUGGGAUGUAUUGAUCCUAAUUCUAAGAAAGAUUUAUUGCACUUGUUGGAAAGUUUUUAUUGUAUUCAUCAAAGUAAAUUGUCAAAACGUGAGCGAAGAGAAAUGUGACUUUAAAUCAGACUCAAUGAGCUGAAAUUAAAAGAGUGUACUUCAAUUAGGUAAAAUAAAUGUAUUCGAUUUUUAAACAAAUUUUCCUCUCUUUUUCAAUCCAUUUUUUGGGGGUCUGUCUGCCCUCUCAAGGUAAUGUUAUGGGAAACACUGAAUGUCUUGAAGACCAUCUGGGAUCAUUGGUUUACCCACUUGUGUAACGGUUCAGAAGAAAGAACCACAGCAACAUGAAUGAUGAUGUGGAUAUAAAGAAGAUAAUUAUUAUGUCUCGUGAAAUUAAUGUCGGUUGUAAUGUCGGUUGUAAUAAUCGGGUUAAAAACCCUUUCAGACUGUUUGUAAAAGACACUGGCGUGAAAUUAACUUUUUUUCAUGUAAUUUCAUUAAAAUGAGUGCAUGUUGUUUUUAAGCCGGGUUUUAUAAUGUUGUGGCUGAUUGCCCUAAUAAAGGAGCAUUGUUAUGAUUUUUUAUGGUGCUUUGCAGUGUAUGACAAAGUUGCUUAUGUGCAUUUUAUUAAAUGCUGUAUAAGAAAUAUUGAUUUAAAUGUUGUGGCUUUACAGUGUCAACCAUGAGCAGCUCCCACAUUAGAGGGUAUUAGUGCAUUUUUCUUCACCUUUGUGGAUUGAGCAUCCCAUGGUUAAAGUUUUAUACUGUGUUAAAUGUCGUUUUUUUUUUCUCUAUUAUUUUUGCUCAUGUAAAAUGUACGUCUUCAAACAAGAGAUUGUGAAAUUCAGAUAUUCAUGUUUUCUUCUCUCACAACCCUACAUUUCUACCUCACACCAAUGCAGAUGUAAGACAAAAUGUAUUAACGACUGAGUUCCUGUAUCAGCAUUCCAGUCUCUGGGGCCGGCUUCUCUGAACCCACGUAUUAUAAAAAUAAAUAAACAAUUAUUCAUCAAA